AGCAUUUGUGGAUUAACAAUCACUAGAAUCACUACAUAAUCCUAUAUUUCUAGGUGUAAGUAGUAUCAAAGCCUUAGACGUGGAGAAGCUCAGCAAGUAAUCAAAAACAAUAGUGCAUGGCAUUAUUAUAAUCAAUGGCUUUGCCUGAUUUAGAUGUUAGAUCCGUAUUGAGUGUUGUAGAAGAGAAUUUUCAAAAAUUAGCCUUGAAAGCCUAUGCCAUUCGCAUGAUUUAUAUCGGAGAACACACUUUAAAAAAAGAUGAAAUAAUACAAAAGUUUCAUAAGACUAUACAAGCAGUAAAUGCUUCAUACUGUGAAAUAAAUGUCCGUGGAUUGCUGUUGGUGUAUGACAGUUACUUUGUACAUGUCAUAGAGGGAUCUGAGGAUACAGUAUAUAGGCAGUUAAGAUUUCUUUUUAAAUUUGAAUCUGACUGGAUAGAAGAGAUGAAUAGGUUGGAUGACGAGGCAGCCCAGGCCGCUGUUGCUGCAGCCGAGGAAGCUGCCGCGGAGGGAAUUACAGUGAUCCUUGAGGACGACUCACAUCAGAGACCGGAACGAAAAAUAUUUAGGCGUUUGAAAAUGUUGAUGGUGUAUCAUUCUAUAAAGACGCCAAUAUUUGAAGAAUGGGAAGCGGUAACAGCACACCCACCUUCCUUAAUCGGGAAGUUAGAUGUGUUUGGACCCUUGGCUGAGCAUAUGGAACAACUACGUAUAUGUUUGGACAAGAUCAACAGGCUGUGUGAAUUGGCCAAAAGUGAUGAGCCCUUGUCGUUUGAAGGGUUGACUGCAGUUGAUGCUAAAAUGGAUGCGUUGCCAGAGGUGGGGUUGUUGGAUUAUUUAUUGCAGUCGCAGCAUAUUCUCGACCUUCAUCAAGUGGCGCAUUUACACCGACGUGUAGAUGACUACUGCUUUUAUUUUGAAAACGUCUGGCCAUUGCCGACGCACUUCACUCCUCGUCAUCUAUACAAGCUGAAGAUUGAUGAUUCCUUCGUGGAACCACUGCCUGUGAUGCCAUGGGAGCAUGUGAAGGAAACGACAGAAGAUGAAGAGAGACAAGAACAGAGCGGAAGCUCCUCCAGUGACUGAAUAUGUAACCUAUAAUAGACUAAAAUAAUAUGUAUGUACUACAUUUUCGUCUGUCGUUGAAAAACCUGAAACCUAUAUUCACAAAACUAAAAUUACACAGGACAGAUGUCGAACAGGAAUAUUACCUAAUCAAAAUAUUGUAAAAAUAUUUUACUAAUUCUGAAAUACAUAAUGUAUCCCUAUGAAAUACUUAUGUCAGUAUUUUGUAUAAUUUAGAAGUGAGGUCAUAUUUUUUUCUAUUCUAUAUAUUCUUUAUUCCAACUUUA